UCGUCAGCCACAACAACAAACAUCAUCAAGUUCCAUCAAGUUUGUAGACGGUUUAAUGGCAUAUACAGGCGGUGGCAGCAGGUUGAAAACAUUUGAGGUGUACACAAAGGUGAUUUACUUUAUUCAGCAGGAUGGGGUCCAGCAUAAUAGCAUCACUCAUACCAUGGUCACAUGUGUGCCGCAUGCUCGACAAGGUUCAGUCUUCUGUUCGAGCUUCCAAGAAAGAAAUGCUACUGAAGUUUAUCAGACAGUUCCGGGAACUUCUUAAAAAGAAACUGCAGGAAGACCCAAAUGCACCAGACAGCUUCUUCCCUGUGAUGCGGAUAUUACUACCAGCACUAGACCGAGCAAGAGGGGCAUAUGGUGUCAAAGAGCGCAAGCUGGCUGAACUGUACAUCCGCAUUCUGGGUCUGAAGAAGGAGGGCAAUGAUGCACAGAAACUAUUGCAUUUUCGGAAGCCCAACUCAUCAGCUGGGAGUGAAAGUGGCGAUUUUGCUGAGGUAGCAUACUAUGUGCUUAAGAACCGCUGCCCUGACAAAGGGGACAUGACCCUGCAUGAUGUUGACUUGCAGCUUACAUCCAUUGCAGAGAAUUAUGCAUCAAAGAAGCAUGAGGAGGUGGAACGUUCAUUGAUGACAAUGCUACGCAGUAUGACAGCAACUGAGCAGAAGUGGCUAAUGCGUGUUUUGUUGAAGGACAUGAGACUUGGCAUUGGACAAGGUGCUAUCUUCAAUGCUUGGCACCCAGAUGCCAAGGAUUUUUAUGAUGUUAACAACAAUCUUGAGAAGGUCUGCAAAACUCUCCGUGAUCCCACCAUACGUCUCCAUGAGAUUGAAGUCUCAUUGUUUUCUGCAUUCCGUCCCAUGUUAGCACAGCAGGCAGUGCUUGACAAAGUGGAAACACAAAUGGACCAUAAACCAUUUUAUGCUGAAACAAAAUAUGAUGGGGAAAGAUCACAAAUCCACAAAAAGGGAAAUGUUUACAAGUAUUUUUCUCGAAAUGCACAUGAGUUUACUAGUAAUUUUGGUGGUGACAGGAACUCGGGACUUUUCACACCAUACCUUCACCCACUGAUUCUUCCACAUGUAAAGGAAGUCAUCCUGGAUGGGGAGAUGAUGGGCUGGAGCAAGACACACAAGAGUAUUGUUAGCAAAGGUGAACACCUGGAUGUGAAGAAUUUACGGGAGGAGGGUGACUGGCACGUCUGCUUCUGUGUCUUUGAUAUUGUUUAUCUGAAUGGAGAGGUGCUAUCUAACUUGCCUUUACGUGACCGAAUAGAGAAGAUCAAAACAGUCAUCAAGCCCUUGGAAGGCCGAGUUAUGCUCUCUACAAGAACAUAUGUCAAGUCCAAGGAGGAUGUGAUCAGAGUACUGAAUGAGGCCAUAGACAAGAGAGAGGAAGGUGUUGUGCUCAAGGACCCAGACUCGGUGUACCGGCCAGCCUCUCGCAAAGGUGGAUGGAUCAAAGUCAAGCCUGAGUACGUCAACUCUCUUGUACCCGAGCUUGACCUGGUGAUUAUUGGAGGGUAUUAUGGAAAGGGCCGACACCAAGGUGUGCUAUCACAUUUCUUGCUUGGGGUUGCCGUCCCAAGUGGAGUUCCUGGUGGCAAGCCUCGUGAGUUCCACUCUUUCUGUCGCAUUGGAUCGGGUUAUACAGUUGCAGAGCUUGGAGAGCUGGUAGACAAGCUUAGUCCCCACACCAAAGUGGGCCAGCAACCUAAAAAUGUUGUUGUAUCUAGGGAGAAGCCUGAUGUGUGGAUUGACCCAGUCAAGUCUUAUAUUGUACAGGUUAGGGCUGCUGAGAUUGUGAAGAGUGACUUGUACCAAGCUAAAGUGACACUGAGGUUCCCUAGAGUUGAAAAAGUACGAUACGACAAGCCUUGGUAUGACACCCUCACCACUACAGAGCUAGACCAGCUUGUAAAGGAAGCAAGUGGCAAGUUGGCCACAAAACAUUACAUUGAUGGUGGUGAUGAACCCUCAGCCAAACGCAAGACCCAAGCCAAGAUAGAACAGCCCUCAUUGCCUCUACACUUUAGACCAGCUGACCUAUCAAAUGUGGUGAAGAAAGGCGAGAUAUUUUCUGGACUGGAGAUGUGUGUGAUGGGAGGCAGUGAUGACAACACCAAACAACAGCUAGAGACACUGUUAGUUGAACACGGAGGCUCGUUUACCCAGCAUCCUGGUCAGAACACGCACUGCAUUGUAACAAACACUAUGUCUAUUCGUGUAAAGAACUACUCAUCGAAACACAAUGUUGUACGACCUUCAUGGAUUGAAGAUUGUACAAAAAGUAGUCGUUUGUUACCGUGGGGUCCCUUGGAUGUAAUGCAUCUGCAGAAAAAGGAGAAGAGCCACAUGAGGGAUUUAUUUGAUAUAUUUGGUGAUAGCUACACAGAGCCAGCAAAUAAAAAGAGCCUUAAGAGGGUUAUGGAUAAUAUGAAGAAAGAGUCAUGGACUCCUCUGUCAGCAGAAGAAAUGUGUGAGCUGGAUGAAAAAACAUGUGACCCACUGGAGACUCGAGGUCUCUUCCGACUCAUUACAGCUUUUUUUUGUAAUAAAGAGGAGCAUCAUCUUGCAUCACUCAUGUUGCGACUUCAUGGUGGCUCUGUCACUAACACCUUGGACAAUGCUACUCAUGUGGUUACCGGAAAAGAGAGCAUCCAACGGCCAAGUGAGAUGGGUGGCAGACACUUGGUGAUGUCAGAUUGGAUUUAUGAUUGUGUUGAGAAAGGUAAGCUGUUUGAGCCAAGAUACUACGUGCCUAAGCUUAUGUUAGAUUAACAACUUUAGAUUUUUUCUCUGGCUUAGGAAGAAUGUGAUUUUGUGUCAUUUAGUUCAGGUUAUACCUGUGCUUUUGUAAUUAUAUUAUUUGUAGUUAUGCUCUCUGAUAAAGAGGAAUAUCUGUUCUGUCACCUUAGACUUCUUUUUCUAAAUUCAAUCUAAGGUUAAGGUUUGCUUCCACAGAGGAGAACUUUUUCGAAUGUUUUAUCUGAAUAUGAGGUGCACAGAACUGAAGUAGGACAAGUGCCCGAAAUGAUAGAGUAAAAUGAAGUUAAAGUUUGUGAACUUUCAAAUUACUAUAACUUUGGAACCAACAAAGAUAUUGAAAUGUUUCAAGUGGCAGAUUGUAGCAUUUUUAGUGCAGAUUUAAUUGAUACUUCAGUCCUGUACUCCUCAUAUUAUCACAAACAAAUUUGAAAUCUGUAUCUUUCUAGAAUCUUUUUGCUCAUGAGAUACAACAGUGAUGCUGUCUGUCCAUAUGUCUGCCCGUCCAUCCAUCCAUCUGUGACAAACUUGGGUUCUGUUUGAUAACUUUCCAUAGACUCAGGGGCUUGACAUCACUUUGUAAUCGUAGUUUAAUCUCCAAUAUAAAGAAUGUGCCAUUGUAAAUUAUUUGUUUGGCUGAGUAAUGCCAUGACAGAUUUCUCAUAUUACUUUAAAAUUGGCCAAAAGAUUUAGAUAAUAAAACCACACGGAACAAAUACCAUAUUUUACGGCAUAUAAGCAGGUGGUGUUUAGGAAAAACUUUUGUGUGUAUUUUCCUCUUGUAGCCAUAGUUUUCUUAAAAUAUUAUAUACAGUACAGUGAGUUCUGCUAUA